AUGAGUCAAAUUUUUCCAACUGUAGCUAAACUAUUAGGUGGCUACAAUGUCACGAAACUGGCUGCCCCAGCUGCAACCGCAUCUAGAGCGAAAUAUAGUACUAAGAAUGAAGCUACGUUUGAAAUAAAGUACAAGCUGCAUAGACUAGAAAACAGCCCGUCUUCUAAAGCUACAUUGACGUCUGAAGAUGCUAUUAGACUGUACGAACAGAUGACAAUUCUGCGACGGCUGGAAACUGCUGCAUCUAACAUGUAUAAGGAAAAAAUUAUUCGUGGCUUCUGUCACUUGUACUCAGGUCAGGAAGCAGUAGCUGUGGGUAUGCGCGCAGCAAUGCGUGACGUGGACAGUGUGAUAACAGCGUACCGUUGUCACGGCUGGACAUACUUGAUGGGCGGUACGGUUUUGAGCAUUUUGGCCGAGCUGGCCGGCCGCAGGUCUGGCUGCUCUCGCGGUAAGGGAGGCUCUAUGCAUUUGUACGGACGCAACUUUUAUGGAGGCAACGGCAUUGUUGGUGCACAAGUUCCUCUGGGCGCAGGCGUAGCAUUCGCUCACAAGUACACUGGUGACGGCGGGGUCAACUUUGCUCUAUAUGGAGACGGUGCUGCCAACCAAGGGCAGAUAUUCGAAGCCAUGAACAUGGCUAAGCUGAUGGAUCUUCCCUGCGUGUUCGUCUGUGAGAAUAACGGAUAUGGUAUGGGUACAUCAGCAGACCGCGCCGCUGCCUCCCCACACUACUACACACGAGGUGACUACGUGCCUGGCAUUUGGGUGGACGGUAUGGACGUGGUCGCGACUAGGGAGGCCACGCGAUUCGCUAUCGACUACUGCACCAGCGGAAAAGGUCCCUUGGUGAUGGAGAUGGAGACAUACCGGUACAGCGGCCACUCCAUGUCGGACCCUGGCACGUCGUACCGCACGCGCGAGGAGAUCCAAGAGGUGCGCCAGACGCGCGACCCCAUCACAUCUUUCAAGGACAAGAUCCUCACCGCUGGGCUCGUCACAGCUGAUCAACUUAAGGAACUCGACACUAAAGUACGCAAGGAGGUUGACGUAGCGAAUUCAGCCGCGAAGAGCGACUCCGAGAUAGGGCUCGAGGAACUCGCGGCUGAUAUCUACAAAGAAUGCUUGGAGCCUGACAAUUUAAUUCGAGGAACUAACCCCGACACUCCACUACAACACAUCUCAGUAGCCAAUUAA